UAUUGGAAACUAUUGAAAGUCAAGUUUUUAAAACUGAAAAUAUUAUUCCAUUAAAAGCGUAUUUUCAGUGAAAUUCAGUAAAGGAGAAACAGCUUGUGGAAUAACUUGUGAAACAAAGCCAAAGUAACCACAGACUUAUAUAAUGUAUAUGAGAUAAAAUAUUGCAGAGUGUUUAACAGCAACAUUUUGAUCUUCUGUAUGCAACUUUGCUCUUAUUAAACAGAAGCAUUAAAAUACUCCUCCUUAAAUGAAAAUAAGACCUAAGACAGCAUCUUUUACAAAGUCACACAAGCAUAGGUCAGACAGAAUCACAGAAUACCCCGUCAUACAGAAUAAGGGAUAAUCAAGUAAAUAGUCUCUGAGCAUAAGGUCAUGAGGAGUAAUAAACAAGCCCUGAUACCUCUGUACUUAGUGGCACUAAAAACAGUGUCCUUACGUUGUCGUUGUUCAGGAGUGAUGAUGGGAAAGCUAGAAAACGGGGAGGUGACUCCAAGUAAGGCUGGCCUCAUGCAAAGAUUGUUUAACUUUGGAGAUUUCUGUGUUAUUCCUUAAAUAUUCCUGUUCUUGAUUAGAUAAGUGAGUUAUGUUGCCUAGGUUUCAUCCAGAAUUCUUACGGCUUUGCUUGGAACAGAAAGUGAAAUGCUUGCUUAGGUACUAUAAAUCAGUACCUCCCUCCAGCAGCUGGUAUUUAGCUGAUAUUUUUCUACUGUUUCAAGAUGUUUCCAACUUUAUUCUGCUUCUGAUCUCUUCUGUGACUGAUAGUAGUUUGUUAGCCUUUGUUUUUCUUUUGUGAUUUUAAAAUAUAUGGCUUCUAAUUUUUAUUGAUAGCGUUAAAAUUGUUUUACAAGAAAAUAAGAGUACAUUAAAUGCUGUCUGCUUUUAGUUAAUAAUUGCAGUAGGUUUUGCAUUGCUGAGCAUUUAGGGCUAUGAAGUGUGCUGGAGAGAUUCAUCUGUAGUCAGUUCCUAAGCAUGAAAGAGUUCAUGCAGGUGUUUAAAUUGAAUGCAGAGUAUUAUUAGGAUUUAUUUGGAAUGCGAAACAGAAAGUGUUGUUCAUUGAAAGAUGUUCCUGGUAUAUAUUUUCAUUUUUGCAAAGGGAUUUACGUUAAUAUAAAAACCCUAAUACAUACUGCAGAAAUGUCUGUGUUGUGCUAAACAGCUUUUGAAAUUUAUUUCAGGUAUGGACAUGGAUAUGAAAUUUUUUGUGUUGCUUGCAAUAAUUCAAACACUGUAAUUGCCUCAGCGUGUAAGGCUUCCAAAAAAGAACAUGCAGCAAUUCUUUUGUGGAGCACUUCUUCGUGGAAGAAAAUACAAAGUUUGCCAUUUCACAAUCUGACAGUUACUCAGCUGGCGUUUUCACCUAAUGACAAACUUCUUUUAGCGGUGUCUAGAGACAGAAAUUGGUCACUGUGGAGGGAAGAAGCCUUAUCAGAGUCAGGACCAGUUUUCAGUUGCUGUGCGCACACAGACAAAAAUACAGCUGUUCACAGUCGAAUCAUUUGGUCUUGUGAUUGGAUGCCAGAUAGCAAAUAUUUUGUUACUGGCAGUCGGGACAAAAAGGUCAUCAUCUGGGGUCAGUGUGAUUUAUCUGUGACUACUGAAGGCAGUGUGUUGGAUUCAAUCAAACCUCGUUCAGCAGUACUGGAUGCUGGAGAUUCUGUUACUGCCGUUAGUGUCAGCCGUGUGCUUACUCCUGAUGGAAGGUAUAUUGUUGCAAUAGGCUUAGAGAAUGGGAAGAUUAACUUUUACACAUGGAAGCAGAGUGGGCAAGAACAAUCAGUAGCUGACUGGACCAAAUGUGUUGAGAUGGAUAACAGCCAAAGCCACGUUCUUGCUGUGAAACGUUUGUGUUGGAGACAUCGUGAGGGCAGAGCUGGACAUAAUGAUCAGAACAACAGCGAGUGGUUGCAGCUUGCAAGUUGUGGAGCUGAUCACUGUGUUAAAAUAUUCAAUGUCAACAGAUUUGCUCUUUAACAGAGACAGCAGGCCUGUCUGUGCAAAAUUAAUUCAUGACACUUUUUCAGCUUUGUUUAAUCUUAAUUGUUUUUGAAUUGUUUUCUGCUGUGGAAAGUGAAACAUCUGAAAUAUAACUUAUUAAAACAACUUUGAUAAUUGGA